GCCGCCUCGCCUUCGACGCCUCGUGCUCUUCGUCCGUCUUCCUUUCUCAGCGCGGAGACCGGACAGCGAGCACCAUGUCGAGCAAGGUGACGAGGGACACCCUCUACGAGUGCAUCAACGGCGUGCUGCAGGGCGCCAAGGACAAGAAGCGCAACUUCCGCGAGACGGUCGAGCUCCAGAUCGGCCUCAAGAACUAUGACCCCCAAAAGGAUAAGCGUUUCAGUGGCACAGUGAAGUUGAAGCACAUCCCCAAGCCCAACAUGAAGAUCUGUGUCCUUGGUGACCAGAUGCACAUUGAUGAGGCUAAGGAGAACAACAUUCCCUGCAUGUCUGCCGAUGACCUCAAGAAGCUGAACAAGGACAAGAAGCUUGUCAAGAAGCUGGCAAAGAAGUAUGAUGCCUUCAUUGCCUCUGAUGCCCUCAUCAAGCAGAUUCCCCGUCUGUUGGGCCCUGGUCUCAACAAGGCUGGCAAGUUCCCUACCAUGUGCACUCACUCUGAGAAGUUGACAGACAAGUGCAAUGAGAUCAAGGCCACCAUCAAGUUCCAGAUGAAGAAGGUGUUGUGCCUGUCUGUUGCCAUUGGCCACGUUGAGAUGGCUUCGGAUGAACUAGUGCAGAACGUUUACCUGGCCAUGAACUUCUUGGUUUCGCUGUUGAAGAAGCAUUGGCAGAACGUGCGAUCCCUGCAUAUUAAGUCUACCAUGGGAAGGCCCCAACGCCUGUACUAAAAUAAACGUUGGAUGUGUGAA